CAUCCACAGUCAUACUGCCAAACAGGUACUACAAACAGCAAUUACUUCAAGAUAGUGAAUAUAUUGAUAAAAGAUAUGAAUGUACUUAGUGCGUUAGUCGCUGCAUAGAAGUGUAAAUAUGCAUACAGUAAAACGCAUAUGUGUUUUGAAUAGAAAUAGACUGAUUUACAGAUCAAUAUCAGUAAAUCAAGUGGGAAUAAAAAAUGAAAAACUGGAAGACUUGAAAUCAUGGAAAGAAAUCCCCGGACCGUCCUCAUUACCUGUGAUCAAACAGCUGCUGCAUUUUCUACCUGGAGGAGAUCUCCACAAAGCGGAUAUCAAUUUAGCUGGGGAGUUGCAUGCUAAAUAUGGACCUAUAGUCAGACUGGAUGGUUCUUUUGGAUCUCCCAAUUUCGUAUUUCUAUAUGACCCUGAUGUUAUUGAAUACGUACUUCGUAAUGAAGAUCAUUUACCCGUAAGACCAGGUUUCCAGUCCUUGGUGUACUUCAGGAAUAAGAAUAAGCCUAAGGAUAAUCCUGAGUGUCCAACAGGACUAGUUUCUGACCAGGGAGAAACAUGGAAGAAGUUCCGAUCAACGGUGAACCCGGUUCUGCUACAGCCGAAGACCAUUCGCCUGUACCGCACCAUAUUAGGGGAGGUUGCAGAGGAUAUGGUUGCGAGAAUGAGAUCGAAAAGAAACGAAAAGAACAUGAUCGAGGGGAAAUGGGACUUUGAGAUGAACCUGUGGGCGCUAGAGUCCAUAGGCGUGGUGGCUUUGGGCGGGCGGCUGAACUGCCUCGACCCCAGGCUGCCCGAAGGCGACCCAGCCAUGCAGAUGAUACAGGUGGUCCAUGACAUCUUCGAUGUGGCGUCCAGACUGGACUUCCGACCGAACCUGUCCAGGUUCUUCUCUACGCCGAUGUUCAAACGAGCUAUGGAACUUUACGAAAAGCAGACAAGACUGAAGAAGCACUUUAUAGCUAAAGGCAAAGAGGAGUUGAGGCAAAAACAGAAGGCGAACGACGAAAAAGGCGUCCUCGAGAAAUUAUUGGAAAUCGACGAGAAUAUUGCUGAGAUCAUGGCCAGCGACAUGUUGUUCGCUGGAAUAGACACGUCAUCAAACACAGUGACGGCUACUCUAUACUUCCUUGCUACAAAUCAGGACAAGCAAGAGAAAUUGCGAGAAGAAAUACUAUCCAACGAUGAAAAACAACCGUACUUGAAAGCAUGUCUUAAAGAGUCUAUGAGAAUCUUGCCCGUCGCUUCUGCUAACCUCAGACAAACCACUAAAGAUUAUAAUUUGCUCGGAUACAGUAUACCGAAAGGCACGCACCUAGUAUUCUGCCACCAAGUGAUAUCGAAUCUGGACGAGCAGUUCCCACAGGCGUCACAGUUUAUCCCAGAGAGAUGGAUCGUGGAUAGAUCGGAUCCACUGUAUUAUGGCCAAGCGCAUCCCUUCGCACAUAUGCCGUUUGGCUUCGGAGUCAGGAGCUGCAUUGGUCGUCGUAUAGCCGAGUUGGAAAUCCAGACUCUCCUGGCGAAAGUGGUGCAGAACUUCCGUGUGGAGUGGUUCGGUGCGCCGCUGCGAGUCCAACAGAAGUCACUCAACUACAUGAUGGGACCAUUCAACUUCACCUUCAAAGAUAUUUGUACUUUGACUCGUGCGGGUCGUGCCCCAAAAACCGCUCCGGACGUGAGCGCCGCGAGGGACGAGACGAGGGACGAGGCGAGCCACAAGCGUCUGUUCACACUCGCACCUUCGCCUCGCGACUCGUACGCGAAUAUUAAAAGUGAUAUCAUGCUGGCGAGACGAUUUAUCACAAAUGUUUUGGCCCAAAAACAUUUGGGUUUUAGGUUUACUUCAGUUAGUGCAACAAUAGACAAGAAAGAAACGGAAAAUCUAAAGUCAUGGAAGGAGAUCCCAGGCCCAUCAUCAUUGCCCAUCAUUGGGCAACUACACCACUUUCUCCCAGGAGGAGAGUUCUACAACAUGGGUCCAGAGAUCGGUGGUAUACUAUACAAGAAGUACGGACCGAUGGUGCGACUGGACAGCAUCUUUGGCCUUGAGCCGCUGAUCUUCGUGUUGGACGCUGAGACUUCUGCCUAUGUCCUACGAAGCGAGAACUGGCUUCCUGUCCGAGCGGGCUUCAAAAUCUUAGAAUACUUUAGGAGAGACAUCUUGAAAAAAACUAUUGAUGAUGCUACAGGACUUUUAACAGACCAUGGGGAGCCUUGGAAGAAAUUUCGAUCGACAGUUAACCCUAUAUUGUUACACAACAAAAUUCUGAAAAUUUACUCCCCGACUCUCGAAGAAAUCGCGGACGACAUGAUUGCCAGGAUGAGAUCAAAACGUAACAAAGACAAUAUUUUAGACUGUAAAUUCGAUGAGGAAAUGAACCUCUGGUCCUUCGAGUCCAUAGCUCUGAUCGCUUUGGGCAGCAGACUCAACAGUUUCGACUCCAACCUACCAGAAGAUUCUCCGGUGAAGAGACUGAUCAACAAUGUCCAUGGACUCAUGGACUCGUUUCUGAAGUUGGACUUCCGGCCAAGCCCCUGGAAAUACAUUUCCACGCCGACAUAUAGAAGAGCGAUAAAACUACUAUACGAACAGAUGGAACUCAACAGCUACUUCAUUAACAGGGCUAUGAAAGAAUUAAAAGAGAGAAAUAACACAGAAAGUGAUGAGAGAGGUGUGCUAGAGAAGUUAAUGGAAAUAGAUGAAAAUAUUGCUAUUAGUAUGGCCAGUGACAUGUUGUUUGCUGGUAUCGAUACGACUGCCACCACAAUCACUGCUGCUCUAUAUUUACUGGCCAAUAAUCCAGAAAAACAGAGUAAGCUACGUUCAGAAAUACACUCGGAUGAUGAGAAAAGAACGUACACAAAAGCUUGCAUAAAGGAAACCUUGAGAAUGAUGCCAGUAGUCUCUGGCAACCUGAGAAAGUCAACCAAAGAAUACAACCUAAUGGGGUACAGAAUACCAAAAGAUAUGAAUUUGACCUUCGGUCAUCAGUUCUUCAGCGUCUCAGAGGAGCACUUUAAGAGGCCAAACGAGUUUAUACCGGAGAGAUGGACAACGGACAAGAGUGAUCCGCUCCACUACGCAAAUGCGCACCCCUUCGCAUACAGUCCUUUCGGAUUUGGAGUCAGGAGUUGCAUUGGUCGUAGAAUAGCUGAGCUGGAACUCGAGAUAUUCCUGGCCAAACUGAUAAAGAAUUUCGAGGUGGGCUGGUUCGGACCACCUCCGAAGAUCAGACCUGCCACCAUCAACUACAUCGCUGGACCCUAUAAUUUCACCUUCAAGGAUGUCUAAAUAAUGUAUAACACUGCUCUCUGUAAGAUAAUAUAACUUUAU